AUGGAUUUGUCACGACGUUAUCCAUCAACUUAUUUUGUUUUAUUAAUACUUCCAUAUUUAUAUAUUAUAUAUUUGUAUUUAUUAAAAUCGUCAUCAUCAUCAUCAUCAUCAUCAUCAUUCAACAAUUUCAUGCAAAUAAAACCAUCAUCUCAUCGACUAAAAUCAACUCAUACUGGACGAAUUUUAGUUAUUUAUAUUUGGGCUGAUACAGAUGUACAGGCAGUUGGCAAUCUUGAGUUUUUUAUUCGUUAUGGUAUUCAUUCAUCACAACCAGCUGAUUAUUAUUUUAUUCUACAAAAAGUCAAUAAAAAGCCAGUUAAUGAAUCACGUUUACCAUCACUUCCAUCCAAUGCACAUUAUAUUCAACAUGAAAAUGAAUGUUUUGAUUUUGGUACAGUUGGAUGGUUUUUAUCAAGUAAAAUUGUUGAUAUAACUUUAUAUAAAUAUUUUAUCUUUAUGAAUGCAUCAAUACGUGGACCAUUUUUUGCUGCUUAUUUUGAUCAUGAACUCAUGUGGUGGUUUACAGUAUUUAUUCAACGUUUAAAUGAUGAAGUAAAACUUGUUGGUUCAACACUUAGUUGUCAAAUUAAACCACAUAUACAAAGUUAUUUGUUAGUCACUGAUGAAAUUGGUUUAUCUAUAUUAACUGAUGAAAAAAGUGGAGUAUUUAAUUGUAAAAAAGAUUAUAAUGAUGCUGUUGUAAAUGGUGAAAUAGGUGCAAGUCAACUUAUUCUUCUUGCUAAUUAUCAAAUAGCAUCAUUACAAACAAAAUAUCAAGGUUGGGAUUUUCGUAAAAAAGAAAAUUGGGAUUGUAAUAAUCGAGUUAGUCCGAUAUUUAUAGAUAACUCUAUUGAUGGGAUUACACAUGAUCCUUAUGAACUUGUAUUUGUUAAAUAUAAAGGUUUGCCACCAUUUGAUAGUGAUCUUGAACGACGUGCAUUAGUCUAUCAAAAAUGGCUAGAAGGACAACGUACUAAACAAAAAUUUUGA